CCCCCUCCACACGGGAACACCCCGGCUGCUGUGCGGAGACACCGGGGAGAGGACCACUACAGCUGUGUUCAAAGCACACCGAGACCGUGACUGAUACGAACCUGCGGUACCAGGGUUAGGGUACUCGGAGUCCGGUUCUUUUCUCGAUGCUCCUUUUCACUGCCAGUGCAUCACAGCAAAGUGUCUCAGGAUCUCUCUGAAGCAUCUCAAGAGACCAAGAAAGCAACCCUCUGAAGAACCGUAAAGAACCUUGAGAACGUUCCUCAGUCCCACAAUUCUCACACUAAUAGGACAGAAACCCACAUGCUCGAAGAACACGUAAACAGAACCGUAGGACAACCCCAACAGAACCACAAGAGAACCCUGCCAGAACCCCAACAGAACAUCUGAGAGGUAAUGUAGCUGGCUCAUGACACCCUGAGUGUGACCACAUCCCCAGAACUAGCCUUGGCUGCUCUGAUUGGCUAGCUAUAGAGGAAAGGACCUAUGGCGGGGGAAGAGCUGAAUCUGUCCUUCCUAUUGGAGGAUGAGCGUCAGGUGAUCCUGAACGUGCUGCAGAAGGAUGACAAGUUGAGGAAGAGAGAAGAGAAGAGGGUUAGGAAGCUGAAGAACGAGCUGGUGGAGAUCAAGCGGAAGGGCUCGCGGCGCCCCCAGGAGGUCGGGGAGCGUCAGUGCUCCCGCUGCCUGAAGAGCCUGGGUCUGAUCUUCGACCGGGGGGACCUGUGCCAGGAGUGCCAGCAGCGCGUCUGCAACACCUGCCGGGUCUCCUCGCCCACCGGACGCCAGUGGAAAUGCUCCGUCUGUGCCAAGAUCUCGGUGCUGAAGGUGGUGACGGGGGAGUGGUUUAUGGAGGAGCGCUCCCGGAGAUUCGACCAGGGGACUGUGCUUGGCAGCGACGUGGUCAAGAAGACCAUCAUGAACAGCCCUGCAGCCUCCCCAGCAAAGACAGAUUCUCCCAAAUCAGAGCGCUCGGACACGCCCAAGUCAAACAUCGCCACCAAGGGAAGCACAACGGACGGGACCAAGAAAAAAGGGCUGAGGCUCGGUAAGAGAGCCAGUCGGCCCAGCAUGAAGCCAGAGACCGGAGCAGAGAGCAAGAGUGUGUGUUCAUCUCCGGACACAGACACACACAGCGUACGCAGCGCUCGCUCCGGCCCGCGCUCCGCCCCGCGCACACACAAGGGCAGUGCUGUGGCCCUGGAGCCCUCGGGGUUGCCCACCGUGCCCAACAACCUACGUCCCUCCUCCCAGACGCUGGACAGAGACCGCUCACCUACACCCAGCAGCAGCAGCAGGAGGGUCAGGCCUGAUGGAGCAGAAAGUGUGGCCAGUUUCCACUCCAGCGACAGUGUCUCUGACAAGAUGUCCGCAGGCCACCGGCGGACUGAGUCUGACACCCCGACCAUUGCCGUAUCCAGGGCGUCCGUCUCUUCAGAUCGUAGCCGUUCUGAGGUGGACCUGUCACUUCCUGCUCCUGAAGUGUUGAAUGAUGACGCCUUCAGUCUCAGAAGUCGCUCUGUCCCCGGGCUCAACGACACGGAGUAUUCUGAGGAGGAACGGGACGAGGACAUUGAUGCUCUGAUGUCAGCACACAGCAAGGUCACCAGCCGACGCCUUAGCAACGCCAUGUCCAUGUCGUCCACUCCUGGCUCAGAAAGGAGGUGGGGCUACCUCAGUGUGCCCGACUCAGACGCAGAGACUAGCAGUCUCAACAGUAUGAUGAGCAUGUACAGUGAGACUGGUGACUAUGGCAACGCGCGGGUGAGUGGUGAGAUGCUGUUGAACAUCAGCUACAGCUACAAGACGGGGGCUCUCAACGUGACCGUAAAGGAGUGUCGCAACCUCGCCACGGGGGACGACAGGAAGCAACGCACAGACGCCUAUGUCAAGGCUUACCUCCUCCCAGACAAAUCUCGACAGAGCAAGAGGAAGACCAGCAUCAAGACCAACACCACCAACCCGGUCUUCAACGAGAACCUGAAGUACGUGAUCAGCCACUCCCAGCUGGAGACCAGGACGCUGCAGCUCUCGGUGUGGCAUCACGACCGCUUUGGACACAACCGCUUCCUGGGGGAGGUGGAACUCAGCUUCGACUCCUGGGAGUUCGACACCCAGCUGGAGGAGUGGUACUCCCUGCAGCCCAAGCUGGACAGUGCCAUGGACUCCAUGCUGCAGUACAAAGGAGAGCUGACCGUGGUCCUGAAGUACAUCCCUGCAGAAAAGAACCUCACACUCCCCCUGGACCAGGUCCAAGUGAAGAAGGGAUUCCUCAAAGGGAAGAAGACCAGCAUCCAGCUGCCUAAAGGAGGGAUGGUGGAGCUGCUGAUCAAGGAGGCCAAGAACCUGACGGCCGUCAAGUCUGGAGGCACCUCCGACCCCUUUGUCAAAGGGUACCUGCUGCCUGACAACAGCAAGUCCACCAAGCACAAGACAGCAGUGGAGCGUCGAACCGUCAACCCCCAGUGGAACCACACGUUCACCUACUGUGGUCUGCAGCCGGGGGAUCUGAACAACGUGUGUCUGGAGCUCACCGUGUGGGAUAAGGAGGCCCUGGCCAGCAACGUGUUCCUGGGGGGGGUCAGACUGGGCGCAGGGACAGGCCACAGCUACGGGAACGAGGUGGAGUGGAUGGACUCUUACGGGGAGGAGCAGCGUCUAUGGCAACAGAUGAUUGACAACCCCGAGGUUCCACACGAGUGUACCCUGAUGCUGAGGCCCAGCAUGUGCAAGUACCAGACAUGAGAGAGGGGGCGGGACCCAGAGGGCCACAGUUCUAUCCUGCAAUACACAGCUGAUGAGCACACCCCUCUCCAUGACCCCUGACCUUAGCAUUUCCACUUCCUGUUUGGACCAGCCAGUCAUGCCUUACUGACACACGCAUCCAAGCAGCCCUCUGCCCUCCUCUGCAUCCAGUUAUGACCAAGCACUGCUACUACUACAACUACUGUUGUGUAUUAUGACAUGAAUUACAUGUAGAUAACAUACUGAGUAAGCACAUAAGCAGUGUUUCACAUAAGCACAUUGCACUUAUACAACCAAGGGGAGUAUCUGG